CACCGCUGAUGAAAAUUUUGAUAAUUUUUGGAAAAGAAAUUUAGAUAAAUUCGGUCAAACAACCAUUGGUUUAUGGUGGAUAUUGUUUGCAUAUGAUUUUACUGAGUUUACUUCUGCAUGUUUGUUUUACAUACCAUUGAUUAUAAACAUAAUGGAAGCUGCAUCCGGCAGCACCGAGUUCAAUCCAUACAAGUAUGAAGGUUCCCCAAAUGUUCAUGUGUCCGAAGGGUAUCUAGUUGUACUGUGUGGUCUCUUCACUUUUCUUGCCAUAAAUUUUGCUGCCGUAAAAAUUGGCCCACCAAAGAAUGUGUCGGGAGAUAUAUGGCGAUGGAGGAACACUUUUGUAUCGUGGGUGCAUGCAGAUAUAGUUGGAACUGGGGUUCUUUACUGCCUGUUGUUUAAACCAGAGAUCGCAUCAGAUUUUAUUUUGUACUGUGACAAUUUCAUAUACUUCCUGGUAGCCUUUUCAAUGGGUUACUUUGUUUAUGAUGUUUGUGACCAUGCCAUGAACAACAAGCUUGUCAGCAACUAUGAGGUGAUUCUACAUCAUUUAGUGGUUCUGUGGUCAUUUUGGUACGACAUACAAUACAGAGUGAAUGUACCUUACACCAUUAUAGCCCUGAUGACGGAGAUUCACAGUAUAUUCCUUCAUGCUCGUAAGCUCAUGCAAUUCGAUAAAUGGCCGUUCGAUCACUGGUUAUACAAGAUGGUCGUCUCACUGAAUUUCAUCACCUUCGUAAGAUUCCGACUUUGGGGAAUAUUUCUGAUCAGCUGGGGUAUUUAUACAGAGUGGGGAAGGCUUACAUUUAUUUAUCAAAUAUUUAUUGUUGUCACAAUGUUUGUAAUGUAUCUUAUUAACCCAAUUUUGUUCUGGAGACUUUUAAAGAAUGAUGUUCUGCGUCAUUUUCGCUCGACUGAAAAGAAAGAUAAAUUGCAUAUGAAUGGAGCUUGUAGUAAAAUGGUCAAUGGCGAGUGUCAUCUGACCUGAUUGUGUAACUUUUUGACAAAUUGUUGAGUAAUUCCAAUGCUAUUCCUGUACUGUCAUACAUCUUUUACACAUUUUGUAUAAAUUGCAUAGUUACUUUCUUAAUGGCCGGUGCUUAAUUAGUCGAGAAUGAUUUAAAAGUGACUUCCUUAAAUAAAUUCCUCAGUUAUUGAGGUAGUUACUUCUUUAGGCUGGUUCUAAUUAAAAUAGUUACUUUCGUUAGGCUGGUUCUUAUUUUAUAUGGUUACUUCCUUUAAGCUGGUUCAUAAUUCAGAUGGUUACUUGUUUUUGGCUGAUUCUUAAUAGGAGAUACACAGUACAUUAUGGCUGUAACCUUGAGUAAAGCGUUAGAAACGCUUUUCGAUUUUCAGUGUAAAAAUGAGUAAAAUCAACGAGCUCUCGUGUGUUUCCUUGACAUAUAGUACAUCAGUAAUUAAAUUUCCAAGCUUUCUUAAGAAAUAUAGCAUUAAUUUCCAGAUACCUAAAUUAUUUUUAAAAAAUUUCAUCAUAUUAUCUGGAGGCCAGUACGGAUUUAAUACUUUUAUCUACUGUUAGCUGUGAAUCUCCCUUUAAGGAUUUAAUACUUUUAUCUACUUUUAGCUGUGAAUCUCCCUUUAAGGAUUUAAUACUUUUAUCUACUGUUAGCUGUGAAUCUCCCUUUAAGGAUUUUUAAUUCUUUCAUCAACUGUUAGCUAUGAAUCUCCCUUUAUUGAUUUAAUACUUUUAUCUACUUUUAGCUGUGAAUCUCCCUUUAAGGAUUUAAUUCUUUCAUCUACUUUUAGCUGUAAAUCUCCCUUUAAGGAUUUAAUUCUUUCAUCUACUGUUAGCUGUGAAUCUCCCUUUAAGGAUUUAAUUCUUUCAUCUACUGUUAGCUGUGAAUCUCCCUUUAAGGAUUUAAUUCUUUCAUCUACUUUUAGCUGUGAAUCUCCCUUUAAGGAUUUAAUACUUUCAUCUACUGUUAGCUGUGAAUCUCCCUUUAAGGAUUUAAUUCUUCCAUCAACUGUUAGCUGUGAAUCUCCCUUUAAGGAUUUAAUUCUUUCAUCUACUGAUAGCUGUGAAUCUCCCUUUAAGGAUUUAAUUCUUUCAUCUACGGUUAGCUAUGAAUCUCCCAUUAAGGAUUUAAUUCUUUCAUCUACGGUUAGCUGUGAAUCUCCCUUUAAGGAUUUAAUUCUUUCAUCUACUGAUAGCUGUGAAUCUCCCUUUAAGGAUUUAAUCUUUCAUCUACUGUUAGCUGUGAACCUCCCUUUAAGGAUUUAAUACUUUUAUCUACUAUUAGUUCUGAAUCUCCCUUUAAGAUAUUUGUUACUGUCAGACAGUACUCUUUCAUGACAGCUUCUUGUGAGUUUAUACCACUGUUAAGUACCUAGUACUUAUACAGUCUGUCAAACUUCUGUCAAGUUUUGUGACAUUGUGUGUAUAACUGUCUUUACUCCAGCGUAUUAAGAAUGUUGGAUUUAAUGUAUGUAACAUUCCAUUAUAGCUGCUUGAUGCUAGAUUUAUGUUGAAAUGGUGAGAGAGAGGGGUAUAGAUAAACUGAUUAACUGAUAAAAAACUUUGUUGAAGUGUGUAACUGGUCAGUGCUGUGAAGUCAGAUCGUAUUCUGAUUUUAAGCAUUUGUCAAGAAAUAGUUUAACAGUAUGAUUUUUGCCUAGUGAACUAGUUUUUGAAACUAGAUGAGUCAGUAAUAGUAAACAGCGUGAAAUAUGAUAGUUUUAAUGGUUCAAGGGCCAUAACUCUGGUGGUAAAGGGAUGACCUAGCCAUUAAGAUUUAAAAAGAUUGUUCAAGAACUGUUGCCUUAAAUGUGCUAAUAAUGUGAAAGGUAACAAUGUUUACUUAUUCAAGGGCCAUCAUGUAUCUGAAGCAGACUUGGCCAGUAAUAAAACUGACUUAUGUCUUAUGAUCUCCAGUGUGUUUUCUAUAAAAUUAUUGAUGAGUGGACUGACACAGGGCCAUCACAAUAGCAUACUUCAAACAUAUUGUGCACAGCUAAGCUAACAGGAAAGCCAUUCAGGACCUGUAUCACCAAUCUGUUCAAAUUUUUCUCAAGAUUGCCCAAUUUCCACUUUGUCCUAGAUUUCAUUAAGACAAAUUUUAUGGAAAUGAGCUAGAAAAUAUGACAUAGUGUCCCAAAUUUACACCUAAAACAGGCUUUCUUAUGAAUUUCAGCUUUAUUCUGCAACCUCCAGAUUGUAUCUGUAAAACAUCCUAAAGUAUGAAGAUGGUAGUAGGAUGAUUCUGGAUUUCUAAAAAAAAAAAAGUAUAUAUUUAUAACUGAAUGUCAAUUUUAAGGCCAGAAAUGUACUUUCCUAUUGUAAAAAUAGGGCAAGAUCAAAAUUUCGAAUAUUUUAAAUGAUAGGUUUAUUUUAAAAAGAAUUUUGUACGAAAGUCACAUAAAAACACUGUUUUAUUUAUUUAUUUACAAAGACUUUAACAUAAAAGUGUUGUUCAUAUUCAAACAUUUGUAAAUCUGGAAGCAGGUAGCUGAAUUUUAUUUUACAACGUAUCCAUUAAUAUGUUACUACCAGUAGAUAGUAGUUCGCUUCGGGAGAGGAAGGUCUUUGGUUCGAUCCCUGGGCGCGUCAUACCUAAGACGUAAAAAAUGGUACUGGCAGUUUCCUCGCUUGGUUUAAGAGGAUAGUGCUAGGACUGGUCAUCCCGGUGUCAGUAUAAUGUGACUGGAUGGGAUAUCAUGCCACGUGUCUACGGCGUGAUAUUCCAGUGAGGCAGCUUUAUAAAGUUGGGCAUUGUGCUCACUGCUACAAGUAGACACCGAUGUUUAUGUAACUGUAAGCAUGUUAGAAUGAAAAUAAAUAAGGCUGUGUUGUGGUGUAUUGUCAGAUUUACCAUGGUUCAUCAUUCAUAUCCUUUGAGAUUUAAACCACUAAGGCUAAUGCUGGUGUUUUUCAUUUCCUGCACCUCUGAACUGUGGUUAAUCAGGGGAUAAAGCACACAGAGGCCAUGAUUAUUUAAUAGAUAAAAAUAGGAUUCCUGUGUAUAAUGUAACACUUACAUGGCUAAUAUCAUGAGGUUUCCAAGCAU